CCAUUCCACUGUUGCAUUCUUGACACUUGGACCGGACGUGGUGUGGACGUGUUUGUCAACAGUGAAGCAACGUGCCUUCAGACUAAAAGUUUUCUUUACACGAAACCUAACAAAUUGUAUCGUGUAACAGAACCAAAUCAUUUAAAUCAUUUGUACGUUAUAGUAGACCAUAUCACCUGUACGUUUUGAAGAAUAUGUCACUUAUUUGUUCGUACUCAGACGGUCUGUGGUCACGGGUGUUUUGUUUCGAAAUUCCCAAAACGGAAACCGGAUAGCUGUCGUCAAAUGUUACUUGAUUUGUACUGCCACACAGAUCUAUUUUCAUUUAAGUGUCUAAAAUUAGGGAGGCACCCCGCGUACGAGUGACGCGAGUGGCGCAGUGUCCAGUGGACAGUGUCCCCCCUCGCUAACAGGAAGAACCUUCCUCUGCGAGUCUGCCGAUGACAAGCGAGGAUAUUUUGGAGUGUGGCCGUCAUCGCGCUGUGACUGGCUGCUAUAAAGGACUCCUGCAGACAUGCAGCUCUUCAACAGCGCCCUGACGCACUACCCGAGGUCAUCCAGCAAACUUACCAUCACUUUGUCUAGCGGAACCAGGAGUCCACCUGAGGGAGACACACCGCCCCCGACACAGUUCGACAGUGCCAACAAGGAUCAGGUGAGAGAGGAUACUUCUUCCACCAAGAUGCCCGCCUUUUCUUGCUACGAUGCCUCUUCAACAAGGCCAAUGUACUUCACUACCACUGCCGAGUUGCUGAUACGCAAACCGGACGGAGUGGAGAGGGCGGUGCCGGUCCACAUCACCAGGGUACCCAAGCCUCCUUCCCCUGUCUCUCAAGGGGAUCCAGUUGGUACUGACGUGUUGGUGGACUUUAUAGAUCAGCUCAGAAACGGAACAGAUGAACUUUUCCUGGAAGACACCAAGCAUCUUCUCUUUGAGGACAAAGUACGGAGCAACAGGUCGGUCUCAUUCCACCAAGAUGAGCCUGUGGCCUCUGCAGCUCAGGUGGAGGUCCAGCCUGUUGAGGGAUGCAGUGACCUAACAGAUGAGGACCGGGCCUUUGAGCUUAGUGUCCUGCAGGAGUCCCACCAGCAGCAGAGAGGAGGUGACAAGGUUGCCCGCUACCUGGCAGAGGUGGAAACUCAGAAUAAGUACCUCCAGGAGAAAAACAAGUUCAGGUACCACAUCAUUCCAGAUGGCAACUGUCUGUACCGGGCCGUAUGCAAGGCCUCCUACGGCGACCAGGCCCAGCACAGCGAGCUGAGAGAGCGCACAGUCCACCACAUCGCAGACCACCUGGACCAGUUCAACCCCAUCAUUGAAGGCGACGUGGGCGAGUUCCUGAUCAAUGCGGCGCAGGACGGAGCCUGGGCCGGAUACCCCGAGCUGCUCGCCAUGAGCCAGAUGCUCAAUGUCAACAUCCACCUCACCACGGGGGGCAGCGCAGAGAGCCCCACCGUCUCCACCAUGGUCCACUUCCUGGGCCAGGAGGACGUGACCAGGCCGGCCGUCUGGUUGAGCUGGCUGAGCAACGGACACUAUGAUGUCCUCAUGGACACGCGUGUGGACAACCCAGAAUAUGAGAACUGGUGCAGAUGCUCUCAAAUGCAGAGGAUGCGGGACGAGGAGCUGGCCAUGUCCAUGGCGGCGUCUCUGUCCAAAAUGUACAUUGAGAAGAAUGGAGCGGCGUGAAUUGACAAUGACUCCUUAAUGUGUGCCUUAAAUGAUUAUUUUUAAUAAGAUGAACCGUAUGACAGUGAGGAUGCGUGAUAUUGAUGUGAGCGGAAUGAGCUUGGACUGUUUGGUUACGAGUUUCGUUAUUCCUGCACAAAAACUUUUACAAGAGUUUUAGAAAUAUUUUUGUCACGUUUUCUAUCUUAGUACUCCAAAUAAAACUGUCCCU